CUUCCGCAUUCUUUGUAAAACCCUAAAAAAGGUUUGAGGAAUCAUCAAUGGUGGACAUGACUGGGAGAAAUCCCUGCAUUGGCAUCAACAUCCAAGUCCGAACUCGUUAUCCGAUUGCAGGUUUUGGUCUUGCACAGAUUCAGGAAUUAGGCACACCAGGUGCUCGAGAUAUUGUCUCAAAGAGGGCCACGACAAGAACACCGAUCAUUGAAAAUUACCAGAAUACCCCUAUGCUUAAUAAGAAAUGGGCGUCGAAGUGGCGCACAAAGAUACGAAUCCAGUGAAAUCCAUUCCAAAGUUUCGAUUUUUACUGAUUGUGUUCCAUUCCCAAACUAUCUUAGGGUUUUUUUUCGGAUUGUGAGUCUCAGCUGUUCGAUGAAAUUCCCAAACUAUCUUUGGGAAUCGUAGAGAUAUUUCAGGGUUUGUAUUGUAUGAUGAAAAAUAUUAAUAUCUGUUAAUCUAACUCGCAGGUGUUAUGGCAUCAGUUGAGGAGAAGCAUCAUUCAGAUUCACUUGCUUACAUGGAGCUUGCUCUACAUCAGGCUAAACUUGCUCUCGAGGCUCUUGAGGUCCCUGUUGGCUGUGUGAUUCUUGAGGAUGGGAAGGUCAAAGCUUCUGGAAGAAAUCGAACGAAUGAAACACGCAAUGCCACAAGACAUGCAGAGAUGGAAGCAAUCGAUGUUCUUCUUGAGCAGUGGAAGAAAGAUGGGUUAUCCCCUUCAGAAGUCGCUGAGAAGUUCUCGAAAUGUGUUCUUUACGUGACAUGUGAACCCUGCAUAAUGUGUGCAUCGGCUUUAUCAUUUCUGGGUAUAAAGGAAGUGUAUUACGGAUGUGGGAACGAUAAAUUCGGGGGAUGUGGCUCAAUCUUGUCUCUUCAUUUAGGCAGCUCACCGCCUUCCAGCAACACUGAAGAAACUCCAGAGAGAAAAGGAUUCAGAAGCACUGGAGGAAUAAUGGCAUCAGAAGCCGUAUCUCUUUUCAGAACUUUCUAUGAACAAGGAAAUCCCAAUGCCCCAAAGCCACACCGUCCUGUUCUUCAACAAGACAAGCGUUGAGUUGCUUGGGUUACUCCCAUGAAAGGGUUGUAAGAAGAGAAAUGACUUGGAACUGACACAGUUUUGGUACAAAGUCUUAGCUUGCUUCAGAUUCUUGGACAAUGUCUACAACUAUAAAUUGUCGAGAUUUCCCUCAUGCUCGAAAGGCUAACGCAUGGUGGAUAAUAUUGAGAUGAUUCCAAGGUACAAGAUGGGUUCAUGUACUUGGAUAAUGUAUGCAAUAUAUGCAUUGGUUAAAAAGAAAAUACAGCUACGGUUACGGAUUCUGUCCUUACGGAGUGUUGGAUAUUUUAGAGUAAACGGUUGAUCGGAAUAAUCUCUCAUGAGAUUCAUAUGUAUAUAUAUUAUGAAUAUGGUGGAGGAGUUAUAUAUUCAUAAAGGAUA